AUGACCGCAGGAGACCCCAACAACUACGUACUCGAACAGAUCAACCAUGACGGCGAACUCGUUGACUUCACCCGUCUCCAAAACUCCCAGGCAUGGAAAGGUAUAUUGACAUCCGAGGAGUACACGUUCAGAGAGCGUCUUCUUGGGAACUGCGACAUGACACAAGACUUGAGAGUUUAUGUGUUAAAGGAUAUCAACAACCCCAGUGAGGCCUUGUGUUCCAUUGAAUUGCUUAUUAGAGACGCGUUGGUGUACGAUAAGGUCGAUGGGAAGGUUGUGCACCGGAAGGUUAGAAGUGGUUGUAUUGGUGGUGUCUUCACUUACAAACAGCAUAGAAGACGUGGUUAUGCCAGGAUUAUGGUCAACAAGUUGGUGGACUUAUGUCAGGCUGAAUUGUUGGAGGAUGGGUUUUUGUUUUUGUAUUCUGAGGUGGAUGAGUUCUAUGCUGAGAGUGGGUUUGUGUCGAUGGAAGUGCCAGUAGUGGUGAUUCCAGUAGACCACGAAACCCCGACCCGCUUUACUGGCCAUCAAGGGGUUGAAGUUCCCGAGGGUCUGUUGGUGCCGCUUGGCUUCGCAGAGUUUGAAGACGUGAUGAACGUAUACAGAAAGCAUAGUUUACAAGACAUUGAAGCCAGAACUAGAACCGAUGGUAAAACCCACUUGACCAUUGUACCAGACCAUAGAAGUUUCGACUGGUAUCACGUGAGAGCCAAGUAUGUGCACGGAAAGGUACACGAUCUAAAGUUGAAAAUUGAUCUUGGUAAGAUGGACCAGGUGUUUUCGCUUUUCAAGACUGUGGGACCUGAGAUCUUUGGGUUCAAGUUGGAAAACAAGGGCGAGUUAUUGGGGUUCAUAGUUUGGACUUUCGAUUGGACGCCAGAGAAGUUUGUGGUGAAGGUUUUGUUGAUUCAUGUUUGUGAUGGCCAUCACCAGAGCUUGAGACUCAAGUUGCUUGGGUACUUGAAAGAGUACAUCCAGUUUUACGGUGAAGGCUUCACGAAGAUGGAGGUUUGGGGCAGCGAGCUCCAACCUACGGGAGUUGAUCUCAAUAGUGUGGGUACGGUGAUUCCCAACGCUUCGAGAAGUGCCAUGCAAAUGAUGGUUGCAAAAGACCAAGAUCAUUUGAAGAAAGGAGAGGUUGUGUGGGACAAUAACAACAAGUUACCGUGGUUUUGA